AACACUAUAUAUAUCGUGUAAAUCAAUUGAUAUCUUUAAAUUUAAAAUAUACUCAAUAUCCGUCCCAAAUAAAUGCAUGCUUGUUACCCAAAAAAAUCAUGCAUGUUACCGAUACAUAAAGGUAAAAAUAUCUUCCUUCAAAAUUUGAUUCCCUUUUGAUAGACAUAAAGCCGAUACAAUCGGCUUCUUCACUUUUACCCACUUACUUUAAAAUACUAGGGUUUUUUACUCCACCACACACCUCUAUCGGCUUCUUCACUUUUACCCACCGAGAGCUUCUUCACUUUUACCCACCGAGAGAGAGAGUUCAAAAGAUUGAAGCACAGAGAGUUCAAAAGAUUGAAGCACACUCGGACUCAUCCAUGGCAUCUUCUUCACAGGCGAAUGUCCCAUAUCUUCGUCGCGACACUAUAGACCAGACGGAGGUUGCUAUCAGCACCUACUAUAGGGAUUCACAUUUUCCGGAGCUGGUUGAAACUUUAAAUGUGGUCGGCGAACAGUGCAAUUCAGAUUUAUUGGGAAGAUUUAGAGCAUCAUGUUUUGGGCAUUUCACUGAUUGGAGGCCCGGCCCGAAGAGCAAUAAAGCAUUACACCAGAUUGUAUCGAGGCAGAUUGUGUCAGAAGAAAAUGAGAUGUGCUUCUUUCUGUGCGGAGCACGAGUCAGAUUUUCCCCUGCGGACUACGCAUUAGUGACUGGGCUCAAUUUCGGGGGAUCGAGGUUCGAUGCGACAUUACAGCACGACUGCAGUCGCGUGGAGGCAUACCGACGAUUCUACGGUACGCGAAGCAUGACCAUACAGUCGCUCAUCAAACGCGUGUGCGAUUUGGAUCGUCGAGUGGAUGAUGAGGAUGAGAGCCUAUGUAGGAACCGCAUGAGUGCUCAUUGGUGA